CUCCAUUUCAACCGUAGCGAGAGAGAACGUCGGACCUGCAGCGUCAUACAAUAUGCAGGUGUCAGCGGUGAUCUCGUUCCUGGCCGUGGCGGUCAUGACCGUCCGCGCCGACAGCUUCAGUGCCGAGGACCAGGCAAUCUGGAUCGACCGGUACAACUACUUCCGUACCACAGGUCUGCCGUGGUCUGCUGGAGAUAUGCGUCGCAUCGGAUGGAGCUCCGACCUGGCCACGAGUGCCGCCUCCACGGCCUCCAAGUGCUCGGCCACUUCCGCAGCAGGUGUCAACGUGUACCAGUCUUCCUCGGCCAACUCGUCGUCCAUCAUCGACGAGGCCAUUCAGCAGUGGGUCGUAGAGACGUCCAUGUCGACGCUCAAGACGUUGGCCCAACCCGGCGCUUCGGGGGUUGAUGUCGGAACAGGUACGUAUAACUCAUACUCACAGGUUCUUUGGGCCGCGACCACCAGUGUCGGAUGCGCUACGGCCAGUUGCUCGGGCGGUGAAAUGGUCGUGUGCGAAUACUCGCCGGCAGGCAACGACGGGUCGUCACCCUGGUACGUCCACGCCGACACGGCGUCGGACUGUCCGUCCGGCACGACAGCAUCACAGGGACUUUGCAUUGUCGAAGGAGACGCAGCCAACAACCAGAUCGCUCCCAUUCCGGCAGGCAAACUGACAUACGAGGUGUAUCCGUCCUAUGUGGCUGACAUUCAGACAGUGUUGAUUGAGGCGGCACGCGCCUUGGCCAAUGGAUCGGGUACGAGCUCGACGGAACAGACAGCAUCGAACUCGACGGAACAGACAGCCACGACCCCCACGGCCACGACAGCAGCGCCUAACACACCGUCUUCGGCCACGCAGGACACCAGUGCUGCUACCAAGACCAGCUCAUCCAAUGAGGACAGCGGUGCUGCUACUAAGACCAGUUCGUCCACGGAGGACAGUGCAGCUACCAAGACCAGUUCGUCCACGGACGACAGUGCGGCUACUAAGACCGACUCGUCCAAGAAGACUACCACUGCAUCGUCAUCAACAGACUCGAGCUCGAGCUCCGAUUCCUCUACCACCGCCACGAAGACUGGCAAGACAUCGGAAACGCCCGCCACAUCGUCGUCAAGCUCGAGCUCUGAGUCCUCUUCCACGGCCACUAAGACCGGCAAGACGACUCAAACUACGGAGGACUCCUCGACGAAGCAAACGACGGCCUCGAACUCUGAUGACACCGGGGAGGCAGAGGAAAGCUCGCACGGCAUGACUACACUAGGUAUGGUCAGUAUGUUCAUUCUGGGUAUUGCAGCGGUGGCUGGUAUCGUCAUGUUCGUACACUACCGGGUGUCGACCAAGCGCCAGAACGACAUCCUUCUGGAUGGCGGCGUUCAUCAAUAA